AAGUACAAGAGGUCGUUCCUCCUGCCACAUCUCCGUUUGGCCGACGAGCAGCAUGGCGCUGGCCGCGGUCUCGUCCACCGCGUCCAUCUUCGUGCUUUUCUGUGUGAUUAAUGUGCUCAAUUACGUGGACAGAGGCAUCAUUCCAGGCGCUCCGACCCAAUUCCAGUACUUUAUCAAAGAUACCCUCCAUACGUCCAUGACGGAGGAAGGGUUCUACCUCGGGGUGCUCGCGUCGGCAUUCAUCACGAGCUACGCUGUCUUCAUCGUACUCUUUGGGUAUUUGUCCAUCACGAUGCGUCCUUUUCGACUGAUUGGCAUCGGAUUGAUCAUCUGGUGUGCGGCGCUCGUUCUCUGCGGGUUGGCACAACACGCCAAGAGCUUUUCCUUGCUGCUCUUCGGUCGAGUUCUGAGCGGCAUCGGCGAGUCGUCCUUCCAGUGCAUUUCCCCUGCUUUCAUCGAUGAUCAUGCCCCUGCGUCUACCCGUACGCUUUGGAUAGGCAUCUUCUUCACAGGCACUUCGGUUGGCACGGCCAUCGGGUACGGUUAUGGCGCGUUCUUUGCUCACUCCUCGCUCGGGUGGUCCACAGCGUUUUACUUGGCAUCGUUUCUCAUGUUGCCGCUUGCUCUGCUGUGUUUAUUUGCCAUCCCACGCCACUUUGACACUCCAAGUAUCGCCUUCACCCUCGUGGAAGGUCAUGCAUUGUGCUUUGUAGGCAAACCAUCGGCGAUCAAGGACUCUGUGGACGAGACCAGCCACUUGAUCACGCCCGAGGCAUGUUCUAAAGCGAUGCAGCCACCGUCGAUCGUGCAAGAGGCGGUCGAUGUUCUCACGCAACCGAUCUUCAUCCUGACCGUGCUCGGGUCGGCCGCAUUCACGUUUACGAUUGCAGGACUGGGGGUAUUCGGCCCGCUGUUUCUUCUUGGACUCGGUCUUUUUCAGUCCGAGACAGAAGCGUCCAUGAUGUUUGGCUCUCUCGUUGUCGUAAGCGCGAUGGUCGGCACUCCCCUUGGCGGAUACAUCUUGGAUCGGUACUCGGUGAACGAAGCGCCUUCGCGCCGACAGUACCUCGCGCUUGUGGUCAUGACAAUUCUCAUGGCGGGUGGCGUCAUGCUUUGCCUCCUGGCGUGGGCCGUCCUCCCCGCCAAGGGCCCGUUCCUCGUGCUCAUCACGUUGUCCCUCAUCUUUCUCUUUGCCACGCCUUCGUGCACUGCCGUCGCCGUUCUCCUCUGCGUGCCGUCCUCCCGGCGCAACUUUGCCGUCGGUAUCUCGACGCUCCUCGUGCAUGUUUUUGGCGACGUGCCAUCGCCACUCCUGCUCGGCAUGCUCAAGGACAUCUACGCCCCACACUGCGGCAGCGUCGAAGUCGACGGCCAGAUCGGACUCAACCCAGAUUGCAGCCAAGACCAAGCCGGGUUGAGGCUCACGUUCCUCGUCCCGAUGCUCUGGCUGCUCUGGACAGUCCUCACGUGGUCAGCCGCCAUCUUGGUCGCGCGAUUCCGUCUGCCCCGUCGAAAUUGACCUCACCACGCAAUAACUUAAUGCAUCGAGUUUACGACCUGGG